AUGGCAAAUCUUAAUCAAGAUAUGGUUUACUCUAGCAAAGCAGCAAAGAGUUGUGAUCUAGAUCAAAAAUUCAUUAAUGAACUUGAAGUAGUUCCAAACAUUGUUGAUCAUAAACUUCUACAUUGUGAUAACAAUGGAGCCAUCGUGCAAACAAAGGAUCUAAGUUCUCAUCAGUUGUCUAAACAUAAAAAAACCCUUUUUACUUUGGGAAAGUUGUUUGUAACGGAUGCUUUGUGUUUGAAGGCGGGGAUUCCCGGAAUUGCGCCGCCAACAGCCGUCGCUGGUUAUGCGGGCCCGGAUGUUGUAACAAGCCAUCAUUCUCAGAUCAGUGCAGGCGGACGACCGUCGGAGAAGCAGUCCUUGGAGGCGGCGGCCCAGCGGAGUAAUUUUCCUUGGGGUUUUACUUUCAAAGACCCACUUAGAUCUCUUUGGACUGGAGGUAAAAAUCGGUGCGAGCCGGCGAUCGCGGUAGACGACGCUGUUUUUGUGGAGGAAAAGGAGGAGAUCAAAAGGGGACGGAGAGAGAAAGAAGUGCAGAGUGGGAACUGGGUUUUCAAGAUUUUACGUUUGAGGUCCUUGUUGAAGGAAGUAGACGAGAAAGAGGGUAAAUUUGUUGAAGAAAUUAGGACUAAAUUGGAAGAAGAGGAAAAGAUUGGGGGACAGAACGGAAAUUAUAAUGAUUAUAAAGAAAAUGGAGAUUGCUGUGAAGGAAAUGAAGGAUGUGACGUUUGUGGGAUUGAUGAAGUAAACGAAGAAAAAUUUGAAUUUGAUAGAGAAUCAUUUUCAAAAAUGCUUCGAAAGGUGACUUUGGCUGAAGCUAGAUUAUAUGCUCAGAUGUCUUAUUUGGCGAAUUUAGCUUAUUCCAUACCCCAAAUCAAGCCCAGGAAUCUCCUGAGAUACCAUGGUUUGCAUUUCGUGACAUCUUCAUUGGACAAGAAUAAACAGGUAUUGAAAGCUGAGAACGAGAAGGUGUUGGCUGCGGACCAACAAAAAGAAGAGAAGAGGGCAGCUGAAAUUAACGAGGCAUUAAAUGAGGAUAAGAUGAAUGGUAACAGAGUUAGUGCAUCUGUUGCUUAUCGAAUUGCUGCCUCGGCUGCUUCUUAUUUACAUUCUCACACGAAGAGCAUUCUUCGUUUCAAGUCCUCAAAAUCAGCUCCAGAUGAAAAUUUGCAUGAAGAAAUCGACAACAUCGAUAUGAUAAAUCAAGAUAUAGCUUCAUUAAUGGCAACCACUGACUUGGUGACUGCAGUAGUUGCUGCAAAGGAGGAAGUAAAGCAGGCUGUUGCAGAUGAUCUGAACUCGACUAGCUCAUCGCCUUGUGAGUGGUUUGUAUGCGAUGAUGAUAGGAGCGCCACAAGGUUCUUUAUCAUUCAGGGAUCUGAGUCAAUGGCAUCGUGGCAAGCAAAUCUAUUCUUCGAGCCUAUUAAUUUUGAGGGAUUGGAUGUGCUUGUGCAUAGAGGUAUAUAUGAGGCUGCAAAGGGAAUGUAUGAGCAGAUGCUGCCUGAAGUUCGUUCUCAUCUAAAAUCUCAUGGAGGUCAGGCAACAUUCCGUUUCACAGGACACUCCCUUGGAGGAAGUUUAUCGUUGCUUCUAAAUCUCAUGUUGCUUAUAAGAGGCGAAGUGCCUGUUUCUUCAUUACUUCCUGUUAUAACUUUUGGUGCACCAUCAAUUAUGUGUGGAGGGGAUCGUCUCCUGCACAACCUUGGAUUACCUCAAAGUCAUGUUCGGGCAAUUUCAAUGCACAGAGACAUUGUUCCUCGAGCUUUCUCCUGCAAAUAUCCUAAUCAUGUGGCGAAGUUUCUCAAGGCUGUGAAUAGGAACUUCCGCAAUCAUCCAUGCCUUCAUGACCAGAAACUCUUAUAUGCUCCAAUGGGAGAGUUUUUACUUCUUCAGCCAGAUGAGAAUUUUUCACCGAACCAUGAUCUUCUUCCUUCAGGCAGUGGUCUUUAUCUGUUGAGUUGUCAGGUUUCAAAUGUCAACGAGGCAGAGAAGCAGAUCCGAGCUGCUCAAGACACAUUUUUGAAUUCACCACAUCCACUCGAAAUAUUAAGUGAUCGCUCGGCAUAUGGUUCUGAUGGAACCAUUAGAAGAGAUCACCAUGUGAAGUCAUACUUCAACUCCAUUCAGAAUGUUAUCCGUCAAGAGCUUGACUACUUGAGAAAAGCCAAGAAAGAACAGCGCCACAGAGUUUGGUGGUCACUUUUGGAACCACGGGGAGUAAAUGGCGGUAUCAUCGUGCAUGGACCUAUCUCAUCAGGUAAUAAGGGUCGAGGUCAGUUCAAUUUCUCUGGUGUGUUUCGAGUCAGUAAAGAGUCUUUGAAAAGGUGCAGUCGGCUAGUUGCAUCUCAGCACAUGCAUUUGCUGGUUGUGCUCUUAUUGCCUGCCAAGUUUUUAAUAUUGAAGACCUAUAGCUUGAUCCAUAUUCAUUGGUCAAGCUAGUAGCCGUAGGCCAGAUGGUCCUUCUUAUUACCGUGGGGACACAGUGUCCCGGACGAGAAAGAGGCUGGGAUUUUUACUAGUUAUGAGUAGAAAAUUCUUUAUUCAUCUGGAUAUCAAACCAAAGCAACUCGAGUUCCCUGGAUUCAGUAGUGGGGGCAGUUGCAAAAUUGGUGUUAGAAUCACAUUACAUACGACAAAAGGUUCUAGUUACUCCAUUUUUAGUGAAAUUUCAUGCUCAUUGUGGCAGAAAGGAAACAAAGUCACGAGACGUGUAAUUAGUGUU